UUCGCUUGUCCUCCGCAGGCUAAGAAGGCGAAACAGGCGGAAAUCGACCGCAAGAGGGCCGAAGUGCGCAAGCGCAUGGAAGAGGCAUCCAAGGCCAAAAAGGCCAAGAAGGGUUUCAUGACCCCGGACAGAAAGAAGAAACUCCGUCUGUUGUUAAGAAAAAAGGCCGCCGAAGAGUUGAAGAAAGAACAAGAACGCAAAGCCGCCGAACGGAGACGGAUCAUCGAAGAGCGGUGCGGACAACCGAAAAACAUCGACGACGCCGGCGAAGAUACGAUCAAACGGGUGAUCAAAGAGUAUUACGACAGGAUCACGAAAUUAGAAGAUCAAAAGUUCGACUUGGAAUACGUCGUGAAAAAGAAAGAUUUCGAGGUUAAGGAGCUUGCGGAAAUCUGCGAAGAACUAUGGAAACGGGUUUACACCAUAGAGGGCAUAAAAUUCGACUUGGAAAGAGAUAUCAGGAUGAAAGUGUUCGAGGCCGAAGGAGAAGACGGCGAAGGUACCGAAGACGAAAAGACCGAAGACGGUUUGACCACCGAAGGCGAAUCGGUCGCGGGCGAUCUGACGGACGCGACGGAAGACCCACAGAGCGACAACGAAAUACUCGAACCAGAACCAGUGGUUGAACCCGAACCCGAACCUCAACCACCGUCCCCGGCGCCAGAAGAACUUUGGGCAUACCUCAAGGACACCGUGUGCUCGAAUAACCCACUCAGUGUCGACGACCUAGUUGAUAAGCUCAUGACCGCCGUCACGGCCAUACCACAACCCCUACUGAACUCUGUGGUCAAAGACACUAUCAAAAAACAAAAAUCAAUUGACGAAG